CAGUGCAGUUUUUAGUAGCAUUUGUCACGGAACUUUCAGGCGCGUUCUAAAAUGGUUCAUUUAAUAUUAUUGUUUAAUGUUCUUUUGCUCGGGAUAGUAAAUUGUGGAGUUUUACCCGCAGACAAAUGUAAAUUAGAAGACUCAUCAUGCUUAAUACCGGCUUUCCAAAAGUCGCUUCCCAUUUUCGUAUCUGGGAUACCAGAGUAUGGUGUUGAAGUGCUGGAUAUAAUGAAUCUAGAUGACGUGAAAUUUGAGCUAGCGGGUCUAAAUUUCGGUCUUAAAGAAGGCACUGUUAAAGGCAUGAAACACGCCGUUAUAGACGAUGUUAAAUGGGAUACUAAGAAUAAAAAAAUAAAUGUGGACUUUCAUGCGGACUGUAGCAUCAAGGGCCAUUACACAGCCUCGGGCCGCGUGCUCAUCUUGCCCAUUACAGGAGAUGGUCAAAUGAAACUUAAAUUAAAAAAUAUCCAUAUAAAAUUGGUACUGGACUACGAAAUUGAGAAGAAAGAUGGCAAGGACCACAUUAAACUAAGUUCUUUCUCAUAUGAGUAUGAUGUCAAAGAUGGCGCCCACUUCGAUUUAACAAAUCUGUUUAACGGAAACAAAGAUCUGAGUGACCCUAUGUUAAAAUUCUUGAAUGAAAACUGGAAGGAGAUAACUAAGGAGUUUGGAGGUCCAAUGAUAGAGGAAUCAGCUAAGAAGAUCUUCAAAAGCCUUGUUGCAUUCUUUUCCAAAAAUGCUAUCGCAGAUAUUGCUCACGUUUAACGUUAGUAGGGGUUUUUAAAUUAUUUUUUUUAUUUAAUAAUUUUCUGUUGAAGUAAUUUAUUAUGUUAAUAAAAGUUAAUACAUUUUGGGU